CGCCGAUGCGCCGGGCCUCCGCCGGGCCCUGCGCGCCCGUUGGCUGAGGAACGAGGCGACACCUGCGUCAGACCGCCGGCGCUGACGUCACGGGGAGUCUGAGAGGGUGGAAAGGCUGUGAUGAAGAACCAGGGAGUGGAGACCAAAGCAGCUCCACAUCCUUCCAGAACAAACAGUGGGAUGGGGCUGGAAGAGGGAGAUUCACCAGAGGCUGCAGCUGCCCCCGAAGCUCCCCUCACACAGGAGGAUCCCAAAUCCUCCUGCGACGUCUCCGAGGAGCUGAGCCGGCAGCUGGAGGACAUCCUGAACACCUACUGUGUGGAUGCCAGCCAGGAGAACCCAGGGGAGGACGGAGGGCAGGGAGAGCCCCCUGAGCCCGAGGAGCCCGAAAAGGGACGGAGCGAAUCCCCCAGGAACGGGGAGCAGGAGCCGGGCGGCCCCGAGAUGAACGGGGAGAAGGAGAACACCAAGGGAAGCGAGGAAUUCCGGCCUGGAGAGGAGGGCGGCGAGCGGGACCAGAAGAAAGCUCAGGAGAAGAAAAAAGCCAAGGGUUUAGGCAAGGAAAUCACUUUGCUGAUGCAGACCCUGAACACCCUGAGCACGUCAGAGGAGAAGCUGGCAGCUCUCUGCAAGAAAUACGCUGAGCUGCUGGAGGAGCACCGCAACUCCCAGAAGCAGAUGAAGAUCCUGCAGAAGAAGCAGAGCCAGCUGGUGCAGGAGAAGGAUCACCUGCAGAGCGAGCACAGCAAGGCCAUCCUGGCGCGGAGCAAGCUGGAGAGCCUGUGCCGGGAGCUGCAGAGGCACAACCGCACCCUCAAGGAGGAGGGUGUCCAGCGUGCCAGGGAGGAGGAGGAGAAGAGGAAGGAGGUGACCUCCCACUUCCAGGUGACUCUGAACGACAUCCAGCUGCAGAUGGAGCAGCACAACGACCGCAACUCCAAACUGCGCCAGGAGAACAUGGAGCUGGCAGAGCGGCUGAAGAAGCUGAUCGAGCAGUACGAGCUGCGGGAGGAGCACAUUGACAAGGUGUUCAAGCACAAGGAGCUGCAGCAGCAGCUGGUGGAUGCCAAACUGCAGCAAGCCCAGGAGAUGCUGAAGGAGGCAGAGGAGAGGCACCAGCGGGAGAAAGACUUUCUGCUGAAGGAGGCUGUGGAGUCACAGAGGAUGUGUGAGCUGAUGAAGCAGCAGGAGACCCACCUCAAGCAGCAGCUGGCUCUGUACACAGAGAAGUUUGAGGAGUUCCAGAACACCCUUUCCAAAAGCAGUGAAGUGUUCACAACAUUUAAACAGGAGAUGGAGAAGAUGACCAAGAAAAUCAAGAAGCUGGAGAAGGAGACCACGAUGUACCGCUCCCGCUGGGAGAGCAGCAACAAGGCCCUCCUGGAGAUGGCAGAAGAGAAAACUCUGCGGGACAAGGAGCUGGAGGGGCUCCAGGUGAAGAUCCAGCGCCUGGAGAAGCUUUGCCGUGCGCUGCAGACGGAGCGAAACGACCUCAACAAGAAGGUGCAGGACCUGUGUGCCCACACGGACCUGUUGGAGCCUCUGAAGGAGCCAUCCCGGGACAGCUCCGAGGCAGCUCCAGACGCCCUGAGCUCAGGAAAGGCCACAAACAGCCCAGAUCCCGCAGAAAUGCCGGCAGAACUGAGCGUGGGGCAGAGCGGGACCGAGGAGGGGAUUCGGGGCACUGACUGAGCCCUGAGCACGCAGGUGGGGUGAGGGAGAGUGAGCUGGGAGCUGCUUGAGAUUCCCCUCUCCCUGUCCUGGGACAGAUGGGAAAGGACAGGACACAGCCCCUCUGGGGAUGUGAGAUUUCCUAGUUUAGGGUUUUGGAGGGUUUUUUUUAAGAUUUUAUAUAUAUAUAUAUAUAUAUGAGAUAUAUAAAAACGUGCAGGGCAAUACUUUUAUCUAUUGAGAUCCAUGAGAAGAAGGGCCCAGCUCCCUGCCUGUGUGAAUAUUGAAAACGUGGAGCCUCAACUGAUGAUCCCUCACUAAAAGACCUUGUCACUGGCAGGCUCAGGAGAGCAGAUCCAGGGAUCUGUGCCCUGGCACAGGGACAAGGGACAACGACUCCACCCUGGAGUGAAAGCAGAGCUGGGGGAAUUCCGGAGCGUUCCCAGCGCUGGCUUCUCCCUCUUCCCUCUGCCAGGCAGGAGGGAGCUCCCGCUCUGGCUCCUGCUGGCGGCUCGUGCGUGAGCUGGGGGCACAAGAGGCCGCUCCCCUCCUCUCUCUGUGGGUUCUGUGUCUGGAAUGGGGACGGGGAGAAGCAAGAAAGGGGGUGCCUGGUCCCACCCCCGGGAAUUUUUGUUCUUCCCAGGCCCUGCCAAUGUCUCAAAACCGCCUUACGAUUCACAGUUGCCUCUUUGCUGAACGCACACGUGCACAAAGUGUAUUAAAGAGUUAAUCCAAAGGUCUAAUUCCCAAGUGUUUCGCAUCGUUGUGCACAGGGAUUGGGGAGCUGCCCCCAAGCCCCUCUGCCCCAGCCCUGGAGGCAUCCUGGGACUCCAGGAGGAUCCAACCUCAGAGCUGAUUGUGCUCCACGAGCUGCUGCUCCAGCCGGAUCGCCGGGAUCAGCUCCCAGCCUGUGCCGUGGGGCUGCUCCUCCAGCCUGGGGGUGCCUGUGCCGUCCCAGCCCCGCUUUUCCUUCCCCUCUGUUUGGAAGAGCAUCUCCCCAGGGCUGCCUCACCCCACAGGGCCUGGAUGUGCCGGGAGGGAGUUUAGGGACAGAUGUGGGACCUGCUGGCACCGGGAUUUUCCUUAGUUUCUCCAGACUUUCGUCUUUUCGCUGUUCUUUUGGAAGACUUGACUUGCUUCAAACCUCGCUGCAGCUUCUCUUCGUGACAGACUUUAUUCCCAGCCUUGCCUUCCUUGUGCUGGAAGCUGAAGCCAGCUGGCUGGAGAUGUUUCCCCUCAUGGAUGUAUCCAGUGGAUCAGUUUGGGAUUCUCUCCCGGCACCAGAGCUGCUCUCACAUCUUCGCUCCAUGAAGGACCUGCCUCUGUGUCCCCUUUUCCUCCAGGGGAUUCCAGGAAAUCCAGAUUUAAGGAAGAAGCAGGGAGAGGCCCUGGGGCUGCACAGAGCCGUGGCUGGACAUCCACUGGGACAAUCCCUGGAGCUGUGGUGGCUUUGUCUUCCAGCCCCUGCUGUCAGCGCCGUUCCUCCAGGAUGAUCCAUGAAUGUAGCCCCGGCCUGGUGGCACCGCCCCAUUCCCAGGGCUGAGCAAGGGCUGCCGCCCGGAUCUGGACUUCAGUAAAAUGAAAACCCCUUAGAAAUUCACCAAACCCCCUUUUUCCCCCGGUCUUUUCUCUGUUACGGUACAGAAAGCUCCGCGGGGGCUGUUGUGUGUAUCCUGUAUCCAAUAGAAACA